AUGACGAAACCACGCAUUCUCUUCUUCAAUCCCGUUCGCCAUGCUCUUCCCGAGUACGAGGCCUUGAAAGCCGUCGCCAGCCCUGAAGUGGUCUCGAGCAAGACACGAUCAGAGUUCUUUGAUGAUUUGCAAACCAAGUACCAUGACAUACAGGCUAUCUGGAGGACCUCUGCUAGUGGAGCGGUUGCGGGAAAGUUUGACGAAGAAUUCGUCAAAAAGCUCCCACCCUCUCUCAAGUACAUCUGUCAUACAGGGGCUGGGUAUGACCAGAUAGAUGUAGACGCCUGCACGAAGCGCAACAUCAUCGUUACUUAUGCUCCCGACCCGGUCACCAACGCCACCGCGGACUUGACUAUCUUCCUCAUCCUCGGCGCCAUCCGUCAACUCAACCCUUCGCUGAACAGCCUGAGGAAAGGCAAUUUCAAGAUGGGGCUCGAUUUUGGUCACGAUCCUCAAGGCAAGACGCUGGGAAUCCUCGGGAUGGGUCGCAUUGGCCGGGCUGUCAAACGUCGGGCUGAACCAUUCGGCCUCAACGUCAUCUAUCACAACCGCACGCAACUAUCAGAUGAGCUCGCUGCCGGGUGUUCCUACGCAUCCUUCGACCAGCUUCUGCGGACGAGCGACAUCAUAUCUGUCCACGUUCCGCUUUCAGCUUCCACAACUCAUUUGAUCGGGGCCGCUGAAAUCGCGAAGAUGAAGCCGGGGGUAGUUCUCAUCAACACCGCUCGAGGUGCCGUCAUUGACGAGGGAGCCAUGGCACAGGCGCUGGACGAAGGUCACAUUGCUGCUGUUGGAUUAGAUGUUUACGAGAAAGAACCAAUUGUCGAUGAGCGUCUGGUCAACAAUGAGCGAGCACUUCUUGUGCCGCACAUGGGCACCCAUACUCAUGAGACGCUCAAGCAGAUGGAGUCUCUGGGCAUGGAGAAUGCCAAGCGGGGCGUCUGCGGAGAGGAGCUGUUGACCAUAGUUCCCGAGCAGCUCGGAAAGUUCGCUCGAUAG